GUGCUUCAGUGACUAACAUUUGUGUUGUCCUUCAAAGACGCGGAAAAUAGUUCCACUUUAGAGGUUUACUCUUAUUGCCUGGAUUUUCUGGCUUUAUUUGACGAACUGUAUAAUGUCCUAUCCUCCAUAUGGUGGUGGACCUGGAUACCCUCCUGGCGGGGGAUAUCCAGGAUAUCCUCCAACUGGUGGAUAUCCCCCUGAUCCUGGUUAUCCUCCUGCUCCCGGUGCAGGCUACCCUCCUGCUCCUGGUGGGGGAUAUCCCCCUGCUCCUGGAGGCUACCCCCCUGUUCCAGGUUACCCACCUGCUGGUGGCUACCCUGCUCCCCCUGGUGGAGGCUAUCCACCACCUCCAGGAGUUUCCCCAGGGAUUGUUCCUGGGGGACCCUAUGGCGUUCCUCCUCCCUCUGGGGGUUAUGGCUCACAACCAUAUGGUCAAGCACCUCCUCAAGGUGGUUAUGGAGCUCCACCUCCAGCAGGUGGCUAUGGAGGGCCUCCUCCUACUGGUGGUUAUGGUGCGCCUCCUGGUGGUUAUGGAGGUCCGCCUCCUACAGGAGGAUAUGGAGGGCAUCCUCCUGCAAGUGGAUAUGGGGCACAACCUCCCCCAGCUGGAUAUGGAUCCCACCCUGGACAUCAGCCCCCACAACAGAACUAUAGCUCACAAGCUCCUACUACACACAGUGCCCCUCCGCCAACAGCCCCCUCCUCUGCUCCUCAACAGAAACCAGCAAAGCCUCCUGCUCCCUCUGGCGGGGGUGGUCCUCCAACUGCCCAGAUGGCUUCAAUGUCUUUAAAAGCAAAAUAUGGUCAUGGUACCAUUGUUUCAGUCUCUCCAUUUGAUGCAGAAGCUGAUUGUGAAUUGUUACGGAAGGCCAUGAGAGGAGCAGGGACUGAUGAGGCUGCCCUCAUUGAUAUCCUUGUGAAGCGUAGCAAUGCUCAAAGAGUAGAAAUUAGAAAGAGGUACAAGACUAUGUUUGGAAAGGAUCUAAUGAAUGAUCUGAAGUCAGAGCUUAGUGGUAACCUUGAAGAUUGUUUGUUGGCAUUGAUGGAACCAUCUUCUUUGUAUGAUGCCAAGUGUCUGAGGCGUGCCAUGAGGGGUGCUGGAACAGAUGAAGAGGCUUUGAUUGACAUCAUGUGCACUCGCUCUAACAAGGAAAUUGCUGAAAUAAAGAGUUCCUACACAGAGUACUAUAAGCGUGACCUUGAGAAGGAUUGUGUGAGCGAGACAAGCGGCCAUUUCAAGCGGCUUUUAGUCUCAAUGUGUCAGGGUAAUCGAGACGAGACCAACACUGUUGACAUGGCUAAGGCAACAAAGGAGGCUCAAGACUUGUUCCAGGCGGGUGAGAAGAAGUGGGGAACAGACGAGUCUCGAUUUAAUGUUGUUCUAGCGUCCAGGAGCUUUCCACAGCUGAGAGCAACGUUUGACGAAUAUGUUAAGAUUGCUCAACGUGACAUUCUGAAUUCUAUCGAUCGCGAGAUGUCUGGUGAUUUAAAGGCGGGUUUCAAAUGUAUUGUGCUGUGUUCAAGAAAUCCUGCUGAAUACUUUGCGGAUCGACUGUGGAAAUCCAUGAAGGGUGCUGGAACUGAUGAUGCGACGUUGAUUCGCUGUGUUGUUUCUCGUUCUGAGCGCGACCUCGUUGAAAUCAAGCAAACAUUUUUGCAGAAGUAUCACAAAACCUUGUUCAAGAUGAUUGAGGGAGAUUGCAGCGGAGACUACAAGAAACUCUUGCUAGCCGUUGUUGGCAGGAACUAAAAGCAGAAAACAAAACAUGAACUUCCAGUAUCAUUUUUUUAAUUUCGAUUAAUUACUCAGAUGUUGAAACGACAAGAUAUUCAAUAAUGAUUUAAUGACCUUGUAGUUCUUAGAUACUCAGACCGUAUUGGCGCCGUACGCUUAUUGCCCACUUUCUUAUCAGUUGAUCUCGUGAAAUUGAGGUAGUUUGUUGAAUUUUCCUUUUUUGGAAAUCAAGGAAGAGGACCAGUCGUUGAAAAGAGAUAAACAAAGGAAGCCCUUUAGGUCUUUUGCGGAGAAAGCAACAUAAUGUGGAACUUGGUCUUCUUUGCUAGCUUUCACCCAACUUCAUUCUCAUGGUCUCUCUUCCGAAUCUCACCUCUCACAAAUCUUACCACUGCUCACACUCACUAUCUUUGAGAACUUAGAGGCCGGGAGGAAGAGGGACCCUGGGCAUGAGUUGGUUGUCGUAUCGACAAAGGCUAAAAUCCUACUUCUUUCUUUACUACCUCUGGCUGUUGAAAACUUAGGCGAGGCCAGUUUUUUUUAUUUGAAUGGUUUGGGCAAAUGAGACACAUUGUAUUCCCCAUGCAAUAUAAUCUAGCCAAGGAUGGAACAAAAAUGAUUCUCAGAUCAUAUUGUUAGGAUUCUAAUUUUCUACGCAUUAAAUAUUAUAAAGUACAAAUGCAACGACUUUGCAACCUUAAAUUACGUAGGUAGUCUUUUUAAACUAAAAGAUAGACAGAAGAUAUUAUCUAAUGUAAGUUAUUUCAAAUAGUUUAGUACCAUUUCUUUUACUACAAUUUGAUGUUUCACGCUAAGGAGAGCUCUUGGAGGCGAAAACGCAGAAAUGCGAUUUUAAAAAUUACAAACCUACAAGGUUUGAAAUAUAAAUUUUGCUCAUCGUUUAAGAAGCUGUUACUUUCACGAGUGACGUAGAACAAAGAAAACAAAGCAGUCGAAAUAUUGGAGCUUAUCAAGAUAUUGGUGACAACACAGAAAUAACUUCACAUGUUCUAACAGGCCGAGGUAAUCCGAAACAUUUGAUCAGGAGGAAUAUUUUUGCACGCGCACAGCAGGUUUCCCACGCUUUAGGUAUAUAAUGCGUCUUAUUUUACAAAUUUUACCCUAACGUUGAUCCAAGUGGCUUAUUGUCAAACAAAUGUGCUAUUAAAUGGAAUACUGGCAGAAAUGA